CCUUUGACAGGGAAAGGAAGACUAUCCAUCAUGGCCGUCAUUGUGGACCCGAGAUGUCGCGAGAACAAUUCGGCUCACAACACCAAGGAGAUUGAUCGGGAGCGCUUGAUUGUGCGCAGGGGUCAGCCCUUCUCCAUCUUCGUGCAGUUCUCGGAGUCUGUGCGCCGUGACCACCACCUGGCACUGCUCCUCCACCUUGGCAAGCGAGCGGAGAAGGUGAUCAAGGUGGAGAAGGAGAGCAGCGGUACCAAAGGCGGUUGGCGGUUCAGGCAGGAGGCGGCCCACAACGGUGUGCUGUUGACUCUGCACAGCCCGGCGGACUCCAUCGUCGGCCGCUACCGCCUGGACGUGUCGCUGGUGACGCCUGAUGGACGCGUGUUGGAAAAGAAUGACAAGAUUGACUUCCAUCUGCUCUUUAACCCGUGGUGCAAAGAUGAUGCCGUGUAUCUGACUGAGGAGAAGCUCCUGCAGGAGUACAUCAUGAAUGAGAAUGGAAUCAUUUACAUGGGCUCGUGGGACUCCAUUAGAAGCAUCGCUUGGCAUUAUGGACAGUUUGAGGACAAUGUGAUGGACAUCUGUUUUGAAAUCCUGGACAACUCCAAUGAUGCCUUGCGAAACCCAGAGAAGGACGUGGAGCACAGACGGGACCCCGUCUACGUCAGCAGGAUCAUCUCAGCCAUGGUGAACUCCAACGGCGACAGGGGCGUGUUGGUCGGCCGCUGGCAUGAGCCGUACUCUGAUGGAGUCCCGCCUAGCCGAUGGAACGGCAGCGUUCCCAUCCUCCAAAAGUGGAGCCAAGGCAGGGCCAGGCCGGUCAAAUACGGCCAGUGUUGGGUCUACGCUGCUGUCGCCUGCACAGUACUGCGCUGCCUGGGUAUCCCAACACGCACCAUCACCAACUUCUCUUCUGCUCACGACACCGAUGGAAAUCUUUCUUUGGACUUCCUGUUUAAUGAGCGACUGGAGAGCCUGGGAAAGGCAGACAGCAGCUGGAACUUCCACUGCUGGGUGGAGUCCUGGAUGAAGAGAGAUGACCUCCCACAGGGAAAUGAUGGAUGGCAGGUUUUGGACCCAACACCUCAAGAACUGAGCGACGGCGAGUACUGCUGUGGUCCUUGUCCCGUUACGGCUAUCAAGGAGGGAAAUCUGGGCGUCAAGUUCGAUGCGCCGUUCAUAUUUGCUGAGGUGAACGCCGACAUCAUCCAGUGGAUCGUCCGAAAAAAUGGUCAACGACAGAAGCUCAGCGUGGACCAAGACACCGUCGGAAGGAACAUCAGUACCAAAAGUCCUUUCAGCGACCGCAGGGAAGAUGUCACUCUACAAUACAAAUAUCCAGAAGGUUCCAAGAAGGAAAGAGAGGUCUAUGAGAAGGCCGGACGUCGAGUUACGGAGCCGGUUGACGAGAGAGCAAACCCAGGAAAACUGCAGAUGACAAUCAAACCCACAAAGCCUCUAUUUGGAACGGACUUCGAUGUUGUUAUUGAGUUGAAGAACACCGGAGGAGCAGAAGCUCACGCCCGUCUGACCAUGCUGGCAUCGGCUGUGACGUACAACUGUAUACACCGAGGAGAGUUUGAGAGACAAGCCAAGAGUGUCAGUGUGCCCGCCCACAAAGUCCACAAGGAAGUGCUGCGCGUGCGCUACGACAGUUACUCCAAGUGUGUCUCGGACCACCAUUUGAUCAAGGUGAUGGCCCUCUUGGAGGCCCAAGGAGAGAAUGAACCCAACAUGGUGGUGGCCAAAAUCCCACUCAUCUUGCCUGAGCUCCUCGUGGAGAUUCCCGGGAAUGCUGCAGUUAACGUACCACUAACAGGCUCCAUCUCCUUCACCAACCCUCUCCCGGUGCCACUGAAAGGGGGUGUUUUCACCGUGGAGGGGUCCGGCCUCGUGUCUCCCACGGAGGUCAGGAUGAACGGUGAAAUAGGUCCAGGCCAGAAGGUGUGUGUCAAGCUCACCUUUACACCUGCACGGACCGGUGUGAGAAAGCUCCUGGUGGACUUCGACUCGGACAAGCUCAAAGACGUGAAGGGAGUCGCUACUGUGUUUGUUGAGAAGGGAUUCCGCGUGUACUGAGCUGAGGCACAAAGCAUGUACAACAGUACUACUGAUCACAUUGUUUACUUCACAAUCAAACAUGUUUCAGCCCCUAAUGGCCAAACGUAUUUAGAAAAUAACGGUACAGUCGUCUCUCGUUUAUCGUGGUUAAUUGGUUCCAGACGGUUAAUAAAUGGAAUAUUUUCCUAGUUAGAGCACAGGAAUCCUGUUCAUGACUUUGUACUGUAAAUACUGUACCAUUUUUACCAUUAUUGGAGCCCUGUAGACAAAAAAUAACACCCCUAUCAUCACCUUUACACUUCUAUUACUCUUUGUUGACACCACACUGCUAAUGCGCAGGCUACGGGAUCACCGCAGGGACACAAGAGACGUCCACGGCUUUCAGCAUAGCAAGCUAGCGAACUAACUAGUUUAUUCUAAACUUAAAGUGAUUCAAACGGUGUGGGGAAGAAAGACAAAGUAAGAAGCCAAAAACUUACCACUUCCACAUGGAAUGUGAGGAGAACUUUCCUUCACCCUGUUAUGUCAGACACACCGUGGCUGACUUCAUGCACUGUUAAGGUAAUGUGAUGUCAUGUCAUGUCUCAUUAAUGUUUUGUGUCAUUACGGAUGUCUAAUGACCAGAAUACUACAUGUAACUUGCCUUUCGAUAUUUCUUGACUAAUAAGCCACAGUCAACCACAAAACAGCAAUAAUUAAUUUUUGAAAAACUGCGAUAGAAUGAGGGAGCGGUGUUCAAACCGCGAUGUAGCAAGCGACGACUGUAUUGUGCUUUUUAUUGACAUUCCAUUUAAAAACAUCUAUUUUUGCAUGCUUUGCAGAAUUUUAAGAUGAUAUAUAAAUGACCACUGUCCCAUUUUUUAUGAACAAGUAGAAUGAAAAUCCCCAGUCCUGACCAUCAUAAAUCGCAUAUUGCAUAUCCAUCCAUCCAUCUUCUACCGCUUAUGCAAGGUUGAGUCACAGGGGCAGCAGCAGGGAAGCAGGGAAGCCCAGCCUUCCCUCUCCCCGGCUAUUUCGUCUGGUGGAUCCCGAGGCGUUCCCGGGCCAGUUGAGAGACAGUCUCACCAACGUGUCCCGGGUCUUCCACAAGGCCUCCUGCCGGUCGGACAUGCCCUGAACACCUCCCCAGGGAGGCAUCCGGGAGGCAUCCUGACCAGAUGCCCGAGCCACCUCAUGUGGCUCCUCUCAAUGAGGAGGAGCAGCACUUAUCUCCAAUCGCAUAUUGUGUUUUAUCAAAAUGUAUUUGUUAAACCGAUUUAAUACUAAAAUGUGUGCACUAUUACGCGAUUGUGUACAUGAAAUAUUUACACAGCAUUCUUUUAUGAAUAAAGGUCUCUGAUCUCAGUUGUUGGUUUUGAUUUGACACGUUGGAGAUGCUCAUGAAAAAGUGUAACCAAGACAAGAGACAAGCUUGUGUAUGUCAGUGAGUAAUGUAAAUGAGACGUGCGCCAUGCUAAUCACAUUACAACACAUGCAACAACUACAGUGGCCUGAAAGCUGGUAGAUUUAAAUAAAAUCAACUUUUUUUCCAGCAAGGGCUCAUGUACAGUCAUGGAAAUAAAU